AUGCGUCUGUCACUCCUCCUUGCCACUGUAUGUGCGACACUGACGUCGGCAUGUGUAUUCCCCUUCAACAAUCCUCGUCUCACGAACAGCUCAUUGGUCGCAGACUACGUCGCACAUCAACAAGCGAAGUUUGGUAGUGGUGGUCCAGACGGUGGAGGCAAUGGCUGGAGCACCGUAAUCGGUCCGGGCACCGAAGACAUCACUGCUUGGCCCAAAAACGGUGACUCGAGGAAGGUCACGUACAUCUACUACUGCUUCGCCUCCCAUGCGGAGUUCUCAGCACUGAAGGAUGUUGGGGACAAAUAUGUCAACUUCGACUGCUCUAAGCUCAUAAGCUACGACCAAGUCAAGGCCAAGAUCGUGGGGAACCCCGACUGGGGGAUCUCGAUUGAAGACGUUUGUGGGUCGAGCUCGCUAGGCAGGAUGCACGAUCUCAAUUUUCCAUACCCGUGUGAUUACUCCAAGGACAUGGGCGAGGACCGCACACAGUACUAUCCAGCUGCUUUCGACUACCAUUCCAUCAUGAUAUAUGCUUCUGGCGACUUUGCUAGUAAUCCCGCUGGCGGCGUCAAGGAUCUGCCUCUCGUACGCUGGAAGAAUGGUAGACCCAAGGAUGGGAAGGUUGAUGAUUCGACCGCAGAGAUCAUCCCGUGGCCUAACGCGAUCUCCGACGGAGACAAGGAGGGCAUUGUGCGUCUCUACCCUUGGAACUAA